GGUCUGUCGCUUAAAAUAUUUGUGGCGCAAGAGUUGCUGGAUAUUACACAUCUUUUUUUCGUUCUGGACGUGAGGCACGAGGCUCGAUCGGCUUGAGUAAAACUUCCUGAAUUUGAAAUCAAUGUUGUGGAUCCUCAACGCGGGACGUCCCCGAUCACUAAAUUAGUGGAUUAAAACGUCACUCGUGCAAUGUUUGUGUCCGAUUGGAGUCGUUUCGUGCACAAUGAAGCUUCUCGUCCUAUUUUAGCUUAAUUUAGCUUGCUAACAAAAAGACACGGUUGUGAUCAACACUCCUCUCAUCAGAAUUCAAGCCUGAAGAAGUCUUUCCGCCCCCAACUGAAAGUGUUGUCAUGGUCCUGUGAAAAUGUGUGCAAGGACGACAGGAGAGUACAUGGAAGAUGUUCGCGGACCAAAAAAGGAGGAGGCGCCACAACGUCAACUACUGGGCGCUGUGUUCAAUCUGCAGCCUCGUAUUGUCCUACGUAGAGCAGACAUUACUGAAAAUCUAAAUACUAAGUGGCAGGAGCCUGAGCCCCUUCAUCUAAAACAGGAAAUGGAGGACGAGGAUGUGCACCACAUCAAAAAGGAGGAGGAUCUGAUUUUGAUUAAAAAAGAGGAGGAAGAAGCACAUGUCCCCAUCAAAAAGGAAGAAGAGGAGAAUAUCACCAAGUUUCCAUUGACUGGUGUCCCUUUGAAGAGUGAAGAUGAAGGUCAAAGUGAGGGGAGCAGAGGGGCGGAGCCUCCAAGCAACAGCUUAAGUCAACAUAUGAGAAGAGAAAGUGAUGGAGACCACACGGGAGGAUCACACCCAGAAAUGGUAACCUGUUUUGCAUUUGGGUGCCACCACAGAAGUGGGGUCGACGAUUGCAGGUUUUACAGAUUUCCACGGAAAAAAACUUUGCGGGCAAGACUGUGCAGACAACCAACACAACCCAACGAUCACCUUUGUAGUUGCCACUUCAAAGAUGGCUUGAUGGAAAAUGAUCCAGUGUAUUUUGCACAGAACCACAGAAAAUGGAUGGACUCCCCUGAUCCAGGAAAGAGCAGUCAGGAGCAAUCGGAGACAAUUGUCCAUGAGAUGGCAACAAAUAGUCAGCAACUGAAAAAUGAACAUGUCCGGACAGCUGAUGAUGAUGCACAUGAAGAUCACACCUAUGCCUCAACAGCUUGCUCAUCUGGAUGUAUGGCGCUGAUAACAAAACUAAAAGAAGUUGAAGUACUUCAGAAAAAUGUUGAGGACCUCAUGCUUGAGUGUGAAAAGCGCAAACCCAUGUCUAUCUCCGACAUAAAGGACAGAGAAAAAAAGUGCAGAAAGUGUUGUGAUCAUCGUGUGAAAAUGUGUGCAAGAACAUCAGUAAAGUACAAGGAAGAAGUUCAUGGACCAAAAAAGGAGGCAGAGCCACAAUGUCAACUAUUGGACACUGCGUUCAUUAUGCAGCCUCGAAUUGUCCAAUACAGAACAGAAAUCAGUGAAAAUCUUCAUCCAGACCGGCAGCCGUCAGUGUCCCAUCCUAUCAAAGAGGAAGAGGACGGUGAAGAGGUUCAACGCAUCAAAGAGGAGGAGAAAAAGUUCCUUCACAUCAAAGAGGAAGAGCAGGACCAAAUUAUCCAGGUUCCAUCCACUGGUGUCCAUUCGAAGAGUCAAGAUGAAGGUCAAAGUGAGGAGAGACGAGGGGUGGAGCAUUCAAGCAGGAACAGCUCAAGUGAUGGAGACCAUUGUGAAGGAUCACAAACAGAUGGUCAGGAUGAUGAUGAUGAUGAACAGUUGGAAGGUGUUAUGACAGGUCACAAUGCUAACAAAUGUGGGAAAUGUUCUCAGUUUAGGAAAGCUUUUGCUUCUAUGAGGAAUUUCAAACACGUGAAAAGACACACAAGCGAAAUGCCUUUUUCAUGUCUAGUUUCUGAUAAAACAUUCACUGAUAAGGGAAAGUUAAAAAGACACACAAAAACACACACUGGUGAGAAACCUUUUUCCUGCUUAGUUUGUGGUCAAAGAUUCACUUGGAAGGGAGAUUUAAAAAGACACACAAGAACCCACACUGGUGAGAAACCCUUUCCCUGUGCAGUUUGUGGUCAACGAUUUUCACGAACGGGACACUUAAAAAUGCACACAAGAACACACACUGGUGAGAAACCAUUUCCCUGUGCAGUUUGUGGUCAACGAUUUUCACGAAUGGGACACUUAAAAAUGCACACAAGAACACACACUGGUGAGAAACCUUUUUCCUGCUCAGUUUGUGGUAAAAGAUUCUCUGACAAGAGAAACUUGAAAACACACACAGGAACGCACACUGGUGAGAAGCCUUUUUCCUGCUUAGUUUGUGGUCAAAGAUUCACUCAGAAGGCAUAUUUAAAAGUACACACAAGAACACACACUGGUGAGAAACCUUUUUCCUGCUUAGUUUGUGGUCAAAAAUUCACUUGGAAGGGAGAUUUAAAAAGACACACAAGAACACACACUGGUGAGAAACCUUUUUCCUGCACAGUUUGUGGUCAAAGAUUUACAAAGAAGGUAAACAUAGAACGACACACAAGAACACACACUGGUGAGAAA